GGGGCGCUCUGCACUCAGCCUUCACACAGACAGCACUGACUGAACGGACAGAGAGCUUUGUGCCGAAAACUAAGCCCAACCUGUGUCAGACUAAUGAAUUAAAACGGCCCAUUUGAGAGGGUGCUCAAAAUCAUCCGUGGGGCAAGUUGGUGGUGAGAGAGGAGGGCUCAAGGCGACGGUAGCAGCCCUUCUUCGCCUGUGAACUAGCGGCAGUACGGAGCGAUGCUUGGAAGUUGAAAAAAGACAGUAACAAAGGCCAGUAGAAGACCGUGUGGACCAGACAUCAACAAGCAUGGAGUUCCCGCAACAGCAGAAACCGGCGGGGGACGGAAAGAUCAUCUAUCCUCCUGGAGUGAAAGAGAUUACGGACAAAAUCAGCAACGAUGAGGUGGUGAAACGACUGAAGAUGGUGGUGAAAACCUACAUGGAUAUGGAUCAAGACUCUGAGGAGGAGAAGCAGCAGUACCUCGGCCUGGCACUCCACCUCGCCUCAGAGUUCUUCCUAAGGAAUCCCAAUAAAGACGUACGGCUGUUGGUGGCCUGCUGUCUGGCUGACAUCUUCAGGAUCUAUGCUCCUGAAGCCCCCUACACCUCCCAUGACAAACUCAAGGACAUCUUCCUGUUCAUCACCAGACAGUUAAAGGGACUAGAAGAUACCAAGAGCCCUCAGUUCAACCGAUACUUCUACCUGUUGGAGAACCUGGCAUGGGUGAAAUCGUACAACAUUUGCUUUGAACUGGAGGACUGCAAUGAAAUCUUCAUCCAGCUUUUCAAAACACUUUUCUCUGUCAUCAAUAACAGCCAUAAUCAGAAAGUUCAGAUGCACAUGAUGGACCUGAUGAGUUCUAUCAUCAUGGAGGGAGACGGAGUCACGCAAGAGCUGCUGGACACCAUCCUCAUUAACCUCAUCCCUGCACACAAGAAUCUGAAUAAGCAAGCGUACGAUCUUGCCAAGACUCUGCUGAAGAGGACCGUCCAGACCAUUGAGACAUGCAUUGCAAAUUUCUUCAAUCAGGUUUUAGUGAUGGGCAAGUCAUCAGUCAGUGACCUGUCGGAGCACGUCUUUGACCUCAUCCAGGAACUGUUUGCUAUUGACCCUAUGCUGCUUACCUCUGUCAUGCCACAGCUGGAGUUCAAACUUAAGAGUAAUGACGGCGAGGAGCGUCUGGCUGUUGUACGGUUGCUAGCUAAGUUGUUUGGGGCCAAAGACUCAGAGCUUGCAUCACAGAACAGACCGCUGUGGCAGUGUUUCUUAGGACGGUUCAAUGACAUCCAUGUACCAGUCAGGCUAGAGUGUGUGAAGUUUGCCAGCCACUGCCUCAUGAACCACCCGGACCUGGCAAGAGACCUGACAGAGUACUUGAAGGUGCGUUCCCACGACCCAGAGGAAGCCAUCCGCCAUGACGUCAUUGUCACCAUCAUCAAUGCUGGGAAGAAAGACCUCAACUUGGUUAAUGACCAGCUAUUGGGCUUUGUACGGGAAAGGACCCUGGACAAGAGGUGGCGUGUGCGUAAAGAGGCCAUGAUGGGCCUGGCUCAGCUUUAUAAGAAAUACUGUCUGCACCAUGAGGCCGGCAAGGAGUCUGCCCUGAAGAUCAGCUGGAUCAAAGACAAACUGCUGCACAUUUACUAUCAGAACAGCAUUGAUGACAAGUUAUUAGUUGAGAAGAUCUUUGCCCAGUACAUGGUCCCUCACAGUCUGGAUACAGAGGAAAAGAUGAAAUGUCUCUACUACCUGUACGCCUGCCUGGACACUAAUGCUGUCAAGGCCCUGAAUGAAAUGUGGAAGUGUCAGAACAUGCUCAGAGGCCUCGUUAAAGAACUGCUCGACCUUCACAAGCUGCCAGUGUCGGAGGCGAAUAAUACAGCGAUGUUUGGAAAGCUGAUGAGUAUUGCCAAAAAUCUACCAGAUGCUGGAAAAGCUCAGGACUUCAUGAAGAAGUUCAAUCAGGUUCUCGGUGAGGAUGAGAAACUCCGAGUCCAGCUGGAGAUGCUCAUCAGUCCAACAUGUUCCUGCAAACAAGCUGAGAUCUGUGUGAGGGAGAUCACUCGGAAGCUGACAUUUCCCAAGCAGCCCACCAACCCGUUCCUGGAGAUGGUCAAGUUCCUGCUGGAGCGCAUUGCCCCUGUUCACAUCGACUCUGAGGCCAUCAGUGCUCUGGUGAAGCUGCUGAACAAAUCCAUUGAGGGCACAGCUGAUGAUGAUGAGGAAGGUGUUACCCCUGAUACAGCCAUCCGCUCCGGACUGGAGUUACUGAAGGUCCUGUCAUUUACCCACCCCACAGCCUUCCACUCAGCAGAAACCUACGAGUCUCUGCUCCAGUGUUUGAAGAUGGAGGAUGACAAAGUGGCAGAAGCAGCCAUCCAGAUUUUCAGAAACACUGGACAGAAGAUUGAAACAGAGUUACAACAGAUAAGAUCGACUUUGAUUCCCAUCCUGCAUCAGAAAGCCAAGCGAGGCACACCUCACCAGGCCAAACAGGCCGUCCACUGUAUCCAUGCCAUCUUCAACAACAAAGAGGUGCAGCUGGCACAGAUUUUUGAGCCUCUGUCACGCAGUCUGAACGCAGACGUCCCGGAGCAGCUCAUCACUCCGCUCGUGUCCCUGGGUCAUAUCUCCAUGCUGGCCCCAGAUCAGUUCGCCUCACCAAUGAAAUCCAUCGUGGCUAACUUCAUCGUGAAGGACUUGCUCAUGAAUGACAGGUCGGUGGGAAACAAGAAUGGGAAGCUGUGGACCACUGAUGAGGAAGUCUCACCGGAAGUUCUAGCUAAGGUUCAGGCCAUCAAGCUGCUGGUGCGUUGGUUAUUAGGAAUGAAGAAUAACCAAUCCAAAUCAGCAAACUCCACCCUGCGCCUGCUAUCAGCCAUGCUGGUCAGCGAGGGAGACCUCACGGAGCAGAAGAAGAUCAGUAAAUCAGACAUGUCUCGUCUGCGGUUGGCUGCAGGUGGAGCUAUUAUGAAGUUGGCACAGGAGCCCUGUUACCAUGACAUCAUCACACCUGAGCAGUUUCAGCUCUGUGGCCUCGUUAUCAAUGACGAGUGCUACCAGGUCCGUCAGAUCUUUGCACAGAAGUUGCACCUGGCUCUCGUGAAACUGCUGCUGCCCCUGGAGUACCUGGCCGUCUUCGCUCUGUGUGCCAAGGACCCGGUGAAAGAGCGCCGCGCUCAUGCCCGACAGUGCCUCCUCAAAAACAUCUCCGUCCGCAGAGAGUACAUCAAACAAAACCCCCUUGCUCAGGAAAAACUUGUCUCUCUUCUCCCUGAGUAUGUUGUUCCCUAUAUGAUCCACCUGCUGGCACAUGACCCAGACUUCACUAAACCACAUGAGUAUGAACAGCUCAAAGACAUCAAAGAGUGCCUGUGGUUCAUGCUAGAGGUGCUGAUGACCAAGAAUGAGAACAACAGUCAUGCCUUUCUGAGAAAGAUGGUAGAAAACAUCAAACAAACCAAGGAUGCUCAGUGUCCUGAAGAUGCAAAGGCCAAUGAGAAACUGUACAUUGUCUGCGACGUUGCUCUCUUCGUGAUCGCCAACAAGAGCACAGCAUGUCACCUGGAUUCCCCGAAAGACCCUGUUCUACCCUCCAAGUUCUUCCUCAUACAGGACAAGGACUUUAAAAACGACAAAGAGUAUCUGACGGCAGAGAUGAGACAAAUGCUGCUCACUGGGAAGCCUAAACCAGCUCCAGUGUUGGGAGCAGUGAACAAGCCUCUGACAGUACCAGGGAGGAGGAUCUUCACCAAGACCACCACAGCUUCAGACACAGCCAGUAACACCAGCACCAACUCCUCUCCGUUGAGUUCAACCAUCAACAAGAACAGUAACAGCAGCGCUCCCACCGAGUCGUCAGUGAGCCGAGCGCAGGAGAACAACGAGAACCCCGUAAUCAAGAAUGACGAGGGGAAGAAGGAGGAACCGAGUCAGAAUGCAACUCCUGACGCCGGGACAGAAGCGUCACCGGUCAAACGACGUGGCCGCCCGCCGAAAACAGCCGCUGCUGCCCCCGUCGCGGCUGAAAAAGAGGCGGCGGCACCAGCGGGGGGCGGAACCGGCAGAGGCAGGAAGAGAGCAGCCGACCCCAACUCCAACCCGUCUGAGUCGAUCAACAUCAAGAUGUCAAAACAGCAGCUGCAGAACGACGAAGGGACGAAGAGACAGAUCGACUUGCAGAGGUAAAGAGGCAAGCGGUGAAGGUGAAAUCGAGACUGAGAACAGGCCAGACUCCUCUUUAAACUUUCCCCAUCCCCAUGUACAAGCUCCUCUGACUCUUAAAGCUUUCCUGGAUACAUUAUGGACCUUUCUUAAAACACACACAUAUACAGAGACACACACACACACACACACACACACACACACACACACACACACACACACACACACACACACACACACACACACACGUACACGUACAACACUGACAUCCUAGAAGGUUUUCAACAACUUGUAGUCAAGAAUUGAAGCUCAUUGUAUGUAGGUCUUACUCAGAAACAUGUUAUUAUUUUUUUCCUUUGUGUUUGUUGCUCUUUGCUUCUUUUGUGGAGCCAUUUUUAAGAAAAGAAAAAAAACAGGUGGACAUUUUACAAACGUUUUAAUCUGGUUAUGAUUGUUGCUUAUUAAAUUCCCUGGGAAAAAUCCUACUUUAUGUCUCUUGACCUCUUCCUCCUCGUGUCUGUGUUGCACAAUAUUUUUAUUUCAAGCUCACCAGUUUUUCACAGUUAUAUUUUGUAUAUAUACGCCUGUGCAACUCUGCAGUUAAAUAUUUUUGAGAGACAGUUACAAAUUUGCAGCAAGUGACUGAAAUAUGGGAACAUUAAUGUACCGGCACCAAAAUUUUAUAAACUUUGGUAUGUUUAGGUUUCUAACUUUGGUAUGUUUAGGGGCUUUAGCUUGGUUAUAGCGUCACAAGUCCAGGUAGAAACUGUGGUUGGGGGUUUUUGAACUGCCCCCUGUAAUGCUUUGAAGGCCUUUUGAUUUAUUUCCAGUGUAAAUGGACAAAUUUAAGCUGUUUAACAUUUCUGGAUACUGUGCUCCGAGCUCUUGUUCGCUGCCUCAUCUGGGGCUCUUAAACUGAGCUGGGUUUAAUUACUUUUGGUUUUUUACUGCUGAAUUACUUAACUUUGGAAUGCAUAAAUGAUAUAUUACUAUACAAGUAUGUGUUCAGGUUUUUGUUCAUCUUUUACAAUUAAAUAUUUUUUGUACUUUUGUCAGGUUUAUGUUGGGUUAACCCUGCUUUUCAGCAUCGAGUGAAUGGAAACCUUGAGGGUUGUGUUGAUGACAGCUUAUUUUUGAUGUAGUAAAAAGUAUGCCUAUUCUCAUGAUCAUAUUUAAGUUUCUUUUCCAAAAAAAAUAAAUGCUUUUAGAUGUUA